AUGGAUAAGCUCUUCGGUCGCCACCGCAAGGAAGAUUCCGAUGAGAAACCCGCCGAUGAUAUAAAAGACUCCGCCGGCGAUGGUGAAACCUACGGCGACGAUGCAUAUGACAAGAAAGCCUCCUUAACCACUGGCGACGACGACUAUAACCAGAAGACUUCCGAUAAUAGCGACACUUACGGCGGAAACGUCGGAUACGGCGAUGAAGACUACACUAAGAAGUCCUCCGACGCUAUUGGCGGCGACGAAGGCUCUGACAAAGUUGGCGAAGGCGGCCGCAACUACUCUGAGAAGGCCUCCUAUGAUACCGGUGAUGGCGGUUUCGGAGGCAGUGAUGAAUACGGCGGCUCGGAGAAGCCCAGCUACACCUCUGGCGGCGGCGGCGACGACUAUUCAGAGAAGGCUUCGUACGACACCGGUGAAGACGGCUCGGAGAAGCCCAACUAUACCACUGGAGGCGGAGGCGACGACGAGAAGGCCUCCUACGAUACCGGUGAUGGCGGCUUUGGAGGCAGCAACGAGUAUGGUGGCUCUAAGAAGCCCAACUACGCUGCAGGCGACGGAGAUUAUUCGUCUGAGAAGACUUCCGAUACUUUUGGAAGUGCCGGCCGGAAAGGCGGCUUUGGCGGCGAAGAUUACACUUCUGAGAAGGCGUCAAGGGGAGGAGAGGAGGAUGGCGUUGGAGCCUAUGAGUAG